AUUUCAGGUGAGAAAACAUUAAAUUAAAAACCAAAGCUAUGAACAAGUGUCCCAUAGCUAAAACAGUAGGUGCUUAAAAUGUGAUCGAUUCCAUAUGUUUUCCCUUCUCUAUAAGAUGAUAUUUCCUACGUAAAAUUGCUUAUUGAUGGACAUAAUUAGUGUUUGUGCCCCGUUCGUUGGUCCAAGUACAAGUUAUUUCACGUGCGGAUGUCGACGUGGCUCCAGUUCUCGUAGGACUUCCAAUUUUAGGAAACUGCAACGUCUCUGCCGAUAUCCUCGGAGGAAUUCAACCCAAAACCGAUUAAUAAAAUGAAUAUCAACCAUAAAAAUUCGUCUGACUCAUCAGAAAGUUCAGAUUGUCAGUAUUACUCUCAAAGUCCAGACGCGCCAGAUCCGAAUCAACUCACCACGAAGACAGUGAUUAGUUUAUCACCAGAAUUUAACUUAAAACUUGAACAGACAGAAAAAAGUCCAAACAGUUUUGACAAACAAAAAUCAAUUGAGUCAGUACUUUCAACCAACAGUGAGUUGGAAGCCAUACUCAAAAAAGAAAAAUGGUAUUCCGUUACUAUUCAGAUGUUCAUUCCCUUUAUGAUUGCCGGCAUCGGAACUAUUGGUGCUGGAAUAGUACUUGGAAAUGUACAGAGCUAUACAGUUUUUAAGCGAGUCAAAGCCCUAUUAGUACUAGUGCCUGCACUUUUAGGACUUAAAGGAAACCUAGAUAUGUGCCUAGCGUCGAGGCUAUCAACUCAGGCAAAUUUAGGUAACAUGAAAAGCAAGAGAGAAGUAUUUAAGAUGAUCCUAGGCAAUAUAGGAUUAGUACAAGUACAAGCAAUUGUUGCAUCAUGUAUAGUUUCAUUAUUUGCUAUUAUUGCUUCUGUGAUAAGUCAUGGAUCCUCGGAAUGGUCAUUUGCAUUCUUAUUAGCAGCUUCAUCUAUAUUGACAGCAACAUUGUCUUGCUUCACUCUAGAUUUCAUUUUAAUUUCCGUCAUAUUUUUGUCUCACAAAAUUAAAUUAAAUCCGGACAAUUUAGCCACACCACUAGCAGCGAGUAUAGGAGAUGUGGUUUCUCUGUUAGUACUAUCGAGUUGGGCCAAACUGCUAUACAGUAUUCGCGAUACUCACCAAUGGGUGAUGUACGUAAUAUUGGGAAUAUAUAUUCUGGUUGUUUUGCCAAUUUGGAUAUUGGUUGUACGAAAGAAUAAGUACACAAAAGCAAUUUUGUAUAGAGGUUGGACUCCUGUUCUUUCGGCGUUAUUCAUCAGUGGGGCAAGUGGGUUGGUCCUGGAUAAAGCAGCCAACAGAUUUCCUAGCUUCUCUACAUUCAGUCCAAUUAUCAAUGGUAUUGGAGGUAACCUGGUAUCGGUUCAUGCCAGUCGCACGUCCACAAUGCUUCACAAAACGUCCAUUAAAGGAGUGAUUCCUCCGCAUACCAAGCAAUGGGUAGCUCCAUGGACCGCUUUGAUCUCCGGAGUAUUUCCAGCCAAAACUGCACGACUUCUAUUAGCCAUGUCAGUGCCAGGACAGAUAGUUUUUCUGUUAUCCGCUGACUUAAUCUACAACGGAGGAACAUUAGUUGCAAGAUGGCCAUUCAUCCUUUCAUACCUCACCGUUAGUAUUAUUCAGCUGAUUAUUCUUCUAUAUUCCGCACAUUUAAUGGUUCACACAAUGUGGAAGUUUAAAAUGGAUCCUGACAAUUCUGCCAUUCCUUAUUUAACUGCGCUUGGUGAUCUAACAGGGUCAACUUUGUUUUUGCUAUCAUUUAUAUUCUUAAAAGCGAUCAACCAGGAAUAUCAACAAUCCUAAAUGGAUGAGCAGCAUGAGUGAAAACUAAAGAUUUUAACAUAAAGUUAACUAUGUUUCUGGGUAAACAAGAGAAAUUUAUUUUUUCAUACUAGACGUUCAUAAAAAGAUAUUAAUAGUAGGAGGGUUUAAGUGCUGAAUGCAUAUUGAAGACUGCAAGUUGACGAAUGUAAUUGUACAAAUUUCAACAUAACUAACUCUAAUUGAGAAAGUUAUUAAUUUGCUUAUAAAAACUAUUUAUCGAAAUUACUGCUCCACUUUUUAAAGGUACUCAAUGUAUACGUACAUAGAUAGGUAUCAAAUUAAAAGUAUAAUUUUACUUAACAACUACAUAAACGCUUAAUUUCCAGACAAAUAUGCAUUUGUGCAAAGUUAUUUUUAUAAUUGCUAUAGUUACCUGACCUUAUUUGAAAAUAAGUUCGAGUAUUUCUAGCGCUACACCGCAUAAUUGAUGUUAUACGUAUUAUAAAAAAAUAGUUCCUUUUUACGGCUUAAUUUGCACGCUUUCAUGGCCUUUUAUUCGCGCUUAAUUUUGAAUAAGAUGUUGCCGAAUGUAUGCCAAACGUGAUUUUUUAUAUCCCAAGUUAAAACACUUUGGACAAUUUUUUUCUAUUUUAGAAUAGUGCCUCAAAGCUCCUCUGCUUUCUCCGUGUUUUUUUUCGCCUUUUAAAAUUAACAUGCAAUUGACGUUCUUCGAAUGCAAACUUUUUGAAUAUUUCCGCUGAUAUUGAGUAUCGUUGAAACGAAUUAUCGGCCAAUUUCUUCGGUUGUUCUACACAGUAUGAACAAAAAGUUCACUGCGUGUUUUUUUUGCCCACGCCCUACGCUUCUGGAACGACGGUUAAUAUAUCUAUUAGCGACAGAUCUGGAACGUUAAAAAAUUAUUAAAUAUUGCACCCACACACUGUCGGUGUUAGACGAAUUUGGAAAGUUCAUUUAAAAUCAGGUAAAAAGAUUGAAGUCUGUGGGGGCUUUUAAGGUGUACGCAGCACCGCUACCAUAAUUUUGUUCAAACGUGUUUCAUCUUUCCAUCCUUACUCUUUAUGCUGACAGGAGAUAUUUUUAAAAUGGAUUUAAAAAUUGAUAUGUUUUGUGCAAAAAUAUAGACGUUGACGACUUUUUGAAAAUAUUUCUUUUGUAUAACUUGCCUAUUUACUUGCCACCUCACCAGGUGAUAGUGGAACAAGUCGACGUAAAUCAACUAUAGUCUUUUACAAUAUGGUUCACGAGAAAAACAUAUUAAUUACAUCGGUAAAACACUUAAGGGGAUGCGAAGAAUAGUAAACAUCCAAGGCACAUCUUAUACAUUUUACGUUCCUUUAUUUGACUUUAGCUGAUUACGGGAUUUUUUGCGACACAAGGAAAACACUGAAAGUGAUUCGAAGAUCUUGCAUUCCAUGUUUUUGACUUCAAUUAUCUUUAGCCCUCGGUUUAUUCGAAAUGAAUUGAGGAAUUAUAAGGAACAUAGUAGUAACUCAUAUCCGAAAUGAUAGAGAGGUGAGAAACUUAAGUUAAUUUUGCAACAGAUCUACAUCCAUAGGAUUGGUAAGUUACAACAAAAACAGUGUUAUGUUUCCAGCUGCGGUUAAUUAAUUUUGCCCACAUACUUUUUUGUAACUUCUUACUCUCGUUGCUCUUAUAUUGAAAUAUUGUUUACUUAAAUCAUAAAUUUAUAUCAUCAAUAUGUUCCUACUUUGCUUAUUGGUUUUUAAUGACUUGUUAUUAAUUAGUAAAUUAACCGUUAUUUAUUAAAGAAAUAUUUUAAAUGGUAACAGUUUUUUUAAUAAUAAUAACAACUAACUCGCCACGUACCAAGGGUGUUGUGAUAAAUUAUGUACAUAUAGGUAAACUAGCUAUUUGCUAAUCACUCUUGUCGACUGAAACUAACUAGUUCAUGCUUUUUUGUUCUAAACAUUUAAAACAAGGUCUUCUUUUUGCAUGUUCUUCAACGUGAAGCAAAACAAUGCACAACUAAUUAAACUAGCAUGCUAACCGUUUCAGUUAAGUAAUAUUCUGUCCUUUCUUUGUUCAAAAAAGCACCCUAGUCAGCUUAGUAUCGACAAGUGCAGUAAAAAUAGUAGAGUUUGUUGUAUAUAUUAUUUAAAAUACUGGUAUUAAAUUAUCUUUGUUUUGUAUUUUAAGGCAUAUUUAUUUAUUUAUAUUCGAAUGUUUAAUUGUUUUUUUAUUUGAAUAAAUAUAUUUGUUUCGUAA